AUAACAAUGUUCCUACACCAAAGGUUCAUUCUUCAGCUUCAGGAUUGUUCCUCUUGAAGUAAAGCAGUCGAUCUUUGAAGAUCAGGUUAUAAAAAGGUAUUCGAUAAUUUUACAAAGACGUCGCCUAUGAUCAAAGACAUUGUUUAGAAGUUAUAUAACCUAGCCCGCGCCCUGUUCCGCAUCCAUACAAUUAUAAUCGCCGAAUAAAAGCACCAACCAGUUAUCCCGUUUCGUCCUACAUUAGCAAAGCCUAAGUUUACAUACAACUAUACGACGAUCGAAACUAUAACUAAUUCCACAGUGAGUAUCCCACGCCAGUCGAACGCUAUGCCUUCUAAUACGGAUAGAUUGUCCCUAAACCUAAUCUGGUGCUGUAUGCCUAGCCCGAACGAAAUGUCCAGCCCAACGACCCCAACGGACUCGACGUCCCUUCGCAACCGGUACAACGCCCAGGUAAGAGAGAACUUAGACCGCCGCCAGCGUCCGCUUCACCUCCCCGCCAGACUAGAGAGCGAACAACCCAUGCGGUCCGCCCCGGCGGGACCACAGCUCCCCCGCCCGCCCCUCCCAGCACACACGCGCCCCGGCCUGCCGCGCCAACGCUUCCCAACGACGGCCGGCGGCGCGGACCCCCGCGCUCGCUGGAGCACGUCGAGUCUGACGCCGGCCGAGCUAGCGCAGGUCUUCGGCACCAUCGCCGCGGCCCUCGAACACGUGCCGUACGCGAUCUGCGGGCUGGGCGCGCUCGCGGACCACGGGUUCGCCGCGCGGCGGGUCUCGCGCGUGAGCAUCCUGUGCUCGGCGCACGCUAAGGAUAACGUGCGCGCGUGGCUGGCGGCGAGCGGGUACGAUGCGUUUGCGGACUCGGUGGGGGUGCCGGUUAAAAGUGGCGGUGGGGGUGGUGGUGGUGGUGGUAACGGGGACGGAGACGGGGGUGGGAAGGUGUGUCGCGUGCGUAUCAAGUACCUCGACGAUGGGUUCGAGAGGCUGGAGAGGAUACGGUCGAGGGUUGGUGGCGCGUGGGUGCUGGGCUUGGCGAGUCAGUUGGAUCAUGCGGCGGCGGGGUAUGUGGAUUAUCUUCGUAGGAGGGAGAGGAUUGGAGGGGAGGGGGAGGAGGAGGGUGGGAGUGGUGGUGACGAGAAGAGGAAGGCGGAUUUGGCGCUGGAGACGAUUGCCGGAGAUGUCUUUUGGAUCUUGGAUAAGGCGGCGCGUACGAAUCAUGUUUUGGAGCCGAGAUUACUACCGACGCUACUUGGACAGGAUUUCUGGACCCCGUUUACGGAUCGCUACGUCAAUGCCAGACCGGAGAUGGCGCGCGCGGGCAUCGACGUAGCGGCUGUGCUGGCGACGCAUCGCGCGGAGCAGGCUGUCAAGGAACACGACGACAUGCUACGGUCGUACGGCGUAGACCCGCAUGCCGGGGUAGUAGACGUUGCCGAAGACGGCGUAGUAACGCAGCAGCCGCGUGGGUUCGAGGGCAUGCACACCCUACAGAACCGAGCCAGGCCCACGAGCGACGAGUCUGCCGUCCCGGAGAAGAAGAAGAAGCAGGUCAAGUUCCUAGACGGACUACGGCGCAGCUCGAGCAAGGCUAAUGGCGAGGGCUCGUCUAUCAAGGAAAGCAUUUCCCGCAGGAUCAACUUGGCGCGCAGACAUACUUCGAAGUCUACGUCGAGCGAUCGGCCAGAAGACGCGUUGGCGCCGCGGAGGCUUAGCGAGAUUUCGAGGUCGUUUUCGACGAGCGGGGCGUGAGUAGGUAAAAACACGGCGGGUUUCCUUGGUGGACUGUGUACGUGGUAGUCGGGCGGGUGAGUGACAAGAUGUACCUCUGGUGGGUGGUACCUAUGCAAGAGGUUCGGGUAUCAUACGUGCGCUCUGAGCUUUAAGUUCUCUAUUGCGUACGCCUAGGUUAGGCAGUUUCUUUGGAUAUGAAUAAUAUGAAUAAUAUGAAUAUGA